CGAGCUGGUGGCGGCGGCGGCACUGGUGGCGGUGGCGGCGGCGGUGGCGGUGGCUGCCGCAGACGGUGGUUAAAAAAAAGGCGGCGGCAGCGGCGAGGGAUGGGAGCGUCGUGGCUCCGCGGCGCUGCCAGGGACUGCCGAGCUUUCCGGGCACGGCGGGACUGCUGAGGAGAAAGAGGCGCGUCCGGGGGCCCCCAAAACCUUCUCCGGAGGCGCGGGGCAGGUUUUUUGUUCUGCUGCGCUGAGCGCCGGGCAGCCCGAGUGAACAACUCCAGUUACACCAGCGAUCCACCUUCCCGCAGCCGCAGGAGGCUGGGGCUGCCUCGUCCGUCCUAUUGUUUAGAGACUUGCCAGGAGCUCGGGAGUCAGCAGAGCCACCGAGUCCCCGCUCCCCGUCGCCGCCUCCCCUCUCCCCCCGUCUCCGUCCCUGGAGAGGGAGAAGCGGAAGCAGCCGGGAGAGGUGAGGGGGCCAGAAGCAGACGGGCUGCCCAGGACUGCGGACGCCGGACGCCGAGUCAGGUGCAGCGCCAGGAGACCGGCGUCGCGACGGCGGCAGGAGGACUCCCGCCGUGGCCGUGGCUGGCAGGAUUCAAAGCCUGGGAAAAGUUCCUGCACUUUGAGCAGGAGGACCCACUUGUGGGCGGCUGUCGAGGGGCGGCCGAGGGGCUGCGCCUAGCCGGGGGAGCCCGCUCUUGUUUCUUCUACCUUUGCCAUCAGGUGUCUGCUGCGGAGCUGCGCCGUAUCCGGGAGACCAGAGGGUUUGACACGCGCGCGCACGGGACUGCCAUUUAGCUGCCUCCUGGGCUCUCUUCGGAGUCACGAAUCCCACUGGCCCAGCUGCCACCUCGCCAUCUCCCCAGGACACUCCGGCAGGACCCAGGACGCGGACACCUCCACCUUGACCUUUCCACUCCUUCAGGCGGGCCUGGAGCAGCCCCCUGCCGUCCUCGCAGAAGCUCUCGUCCUCCACUUGGCCUCUUGGAUUUUCUCUGCCAGGGUCUUGACUAGUGGAUAUCCAAGCCGGCUGAGGCGGCCCCAUUGCCCUUUUGUCUUUUCUGCUUGACCUCGGGGAAGGCCCCGGUGCGGACCGUCGCCAAGGACGCCCGGCGGGAGGCGGGAUUGCGGAGACAUCAUUCAGUGAAGUGCAUGUGUGUUUGCAAACCGCCCUGGGCUGUCGGGAGACGGCGAAGACCGGUCGGGGCUGCCGAGGAGCCACAGGCCAGGGGGGAAGACGCGUGAGUGAGCCACGCUGGGCGCCUCGCAGUGCCUCCCCGCGCCCCCCGGGCUGCGCGCCGCCCUGUGCGCCCCCGAGCGCCAUGCCCAUUCGCCCGGCGCGCUCGGCUCCUGGCUCACGGGGCUCCUGCGCCUUCUAGCUUCGGAGAGCCCACUGUAAUCAAGGCCACCAUUGCUGUUGAGAACCUCUUGCCCUCCCCUCUGGAGUCGGAUUUGCAGAAGGGGUCGUGGAAUCCGAGUAGCCCCCUUCCCCGCGCAACUGGCUCCUGCAUCUUCGCGGCUAUUGGGAGCUCCAGCUCUUUUACCGCCAAGUUGAUCUUUGCGACGCGUGAUCUCCUCUCGGCUGCUCUGGGGUCUUCCUGCAGCCUUGGCCAGGCCGAUUAAUCUUCAGGACCUAAAGUUGCCCAAGGAGCGCCUGCCCUGCUAGAGGAGGGUGGAGGGGAGGUGGGAGGCGUGUACCUGUGUCAGCUCUUCUACCUUGAAUAUUAUAACUGUUACUUCCAUAUUAUUUUGUGCACAUCUACCCGGACGCUGGGUUGCUAGCCCUGCACCAGACACUGGGCCUCAGCCACAGCGCAGUUUGCGCCGAGCAACGUGCUGAAGAGAAACCCCCGGCACUGGCGAGCGAGGAGGAGGCAGGGGAAGAUGCCUGGCGUCGGCUGGCAGACGCUGUCCCUGUCUCUGGGGUUAGUGCUGGCGAUCCUGAACGAGGUGGCGCCUCAAGCGUGUCCGGCGCAAUGCUCCUGCUCGGGCAGCACAGUGGACUGUCACGGGCUAGCGCUGCGCAGCGUGCCCAGGAAUAUCCCCCGCAACACGGAGAGACUGGAUUUGAAUGGAAAUAACAUCACACGGAUUACCAAAACGGAUUUUGCUGGUCUUAGACAUUUAAGAGUUCUUCAGCUCAUGGAGAAUAAGAUCAGCACCAUCGAAAGAGGAGCAUUCCAGGAUCUUAAGGAACUGGAGAGACUGCGCUUAAACAGAAAUCACCUUCAGCUGUUUCCUGAGUUGCUGUUUCUUGGGACUUCGAAGCUCUACAGGCUAGAUCUCAGUGAAAACCAAAUUCAGGCAAUUCCAAGGAAGGCUUUCCGCGGAGCAGUUGACAUUAAAAAUCUGCAGCUGGAUUACAACCAGAUCAGCUGUAUAGAAGAUGGGGCAUUUCGGGCUCUCCGGGACCUGGAAGUGCUCACUCUCAACAAUAACAACAUUACCAGACUUUCUGUGGCAAGUUUCAACCAUAUGCCUAAACUUAGGACUUUUCGCCUGCAUUCCAACAACCUGUACUGUGACUGCCACCUGGCCUGGCUCUCGGACUGGCUGCGCCAAAGGCCUCGGGUGGGCCUGUACACCCAGUGCAUGGGCCCGUCCCACCUGAGGGGCCACAAUGUCGCUGAGGUCCAAAAACGAGAAUUUGCCUGCAGCGAUGAGCCAGAAGGUCACCAGUCAUUUAUGGCUCCUUCUUGCAGCGUUUUGCACUGUCCAGCUGCUUGCACCUGUAGCAACAAUAUCGUAGACUGUCGUGGGAAAGGUCUCACUGAGAUUCCCACGAAUCUGCCUGAGACCAUCACGGAAAUACGUCUGGAACAGAACUCAAUCAAGGUCAUCCCUCCUGGAGCUUUCUCACCAUAUAAAAAGCUCAGAAGAAUCGACCUGAGCAACAACCAGAUCUCCGAACUGGCACCGGAUGCUUUCCAAGGGCUGCGCUCCCUGAACUCACUUGUGCUCUAUGGAAAUAAAAUCACGGAACUCCCAAAAAGUUUAUUUGAAGGAUUAUUUUCCUUACAGCUACUAUUAUUGAAUGCCAACAAGAUCAACUGCCUCCGGGUAGACGCCUUCCAGGACCUGCACAACUUGAACCUUCUCUCCUUAUAUGACAACAAGCUGCAGACCAUCGCGAAGGGGACCUUCUCACCUCUCCGAGCCAUUCAGACCAUGCAUUUGGCCCAGAACCCCUUUAUUUGUGACUGCCAUCUCAAGUGGCUGGCGGAUUAUCUGCACACCAACCCCAUCGAGACCAGUGGGGCCCGCUGCACCAGCCCCCGGCGUCUGGCCAACAAAAGAAUCGGGCAGAUCAAAAGCAAGAAGUUUCGUUGUUCAGCUAAAGAACAGUAUUUCAUUCCAGGCGUUCACCAUGUGGGCUGUACAGAAGAUUAUCGAUCAAAGUUAAGUGGGGACUGCUUUGCAGACCUGGCUUGCCCUGAAAAGUGCCGCUGUGAGGGAACCACGGUCGAUUGCUCCAAUCAGAAACUCACCAAAAUCCCAGACCACAUUCCCCAGUACACUGCAGAGCUGCGUCUCAAUAAUAAUGAAUUCACGGUGUUGGAAGCUACAGGAAUCUUCAAGAAACUUCCUCAGUUGCGUAAAAUCAACUUUAGCAACAACAAGAUCACAGACAUUGAAGAGGGAGCAUUCGAAGGAGCCUCUGGAGUGAAUGAAAUACUGCUCACGAGUAAUCGCUUGGAAAACGUGCAGCACAAGAUGUUCAAGGGGCUGGAAAGUCUCAAAACCUUGAUGUUGAGGAGUAAUCGAAUAAGCUGUGUAGGGAAUGACAGCUUCAUAGGACUGAGUUCUGUGCGUCUGCUCUCUUUAUACGAUAAUCAAAUCACUACAGUCGCACCAGGGGCCUUUGACACUCUCCAUUCUUUAUCUACUCUGAACCUCUUGGCCAAUCCUUUCAACUGUAACUGCUACCUGGCGUGGCUGGGAGAAUGGCUCAGGAAGAAAAGGAUCGUCACAGGCAAUCCUCGAUGUCAGAAACCCUACUUCCUCAAGGAAAUCCCCAUCCAGGAUGUGGCCAUUCAAGACUUCACUUGUGACGACGGAAAUGAUGACAACAGCUGCUCCCCCCUGUCCCGCUGCCCCACGGAGUGCACCUGCCUGGACACGGUGGUCCGAUGCAGCAACAAGGGCUUGAAGGCUUUGCCCAAAGGAAUUCCGAGAGAUGUCACUGAACUGUACCUGGAUGGGAACCAGUUUACGCUGAUUCCUAAGGAACUCUCCAACUACAAACAUUUAACACUCAUAGACUUGAGUAACAACCGGAUAAGCACCCUUUCGAACCAGAGCUUCAGCAACAUGACCCAGCUCCUCACCCUGAUUCUCAGUUACAACCGUCUGAGAUGUAUUCCUCCUCGAACCUUCGACGGAUUGAAGUCUCUCCGAUUACUUUCUUUACACGGAAAUGACAUUUCUGUAGUGCCCGAAGGUGCUUUCAACGACCUUGCUGCAUUAUCACACCUAGCAAUCGGAGCCAACCCCCUCUACUGCGACUGCAACAUGCAGUGGUUGUCCGACUGGGUCAAGUCCGAAUACAAGGAACCGGGCAUCGCUCGCUGUGCUGGUCCUGGGGAAAUGGCCGACAAGCUGUUACUCACAACGCCCUCCAAAAAGUUCACGUGUCAAGGGCUGCCGGGGCCCUGUGGCGUCCUGACACCAGGUCCCGUGGAUGUGACCAUUUUAGCUAAAUGUAACCCCUGCUUGUCAAAUCCGUGUAAAAAUGAUGGCACCUGUAACAACGAUCCGGUCGACUUUUACCGCUGCACCUGUCCCUAUGGUUUCAAGGGGCAGGACUGCGAUGUCCCGAUUCACGCGUGCAUCAGUAACCCGUGUAGACACGGAGGGACCUGCCACUUGAAAGAAGGAGAGAAAGAUGGAUUCUGGUGUAUUUGUGCUGAUGGAUUUGAAGGAGAACAUUGUGAAAUCAACGUUGAUGACUGUGAAGAUAAUGACUGUGAAAAUAAUGCUACAUGUGUCGAUGGGAUUAACAACUACACAUGCCUUUGCCCGCCUGAGUACACAGCUGCUAAUCUGAAUGAGGUGGAGAAAGGCGAGUUGUGUGAGGAGAAGCUGGACUUUUGUGCCCAGGACCUGAACCCUUGCCAGCACAACUCCAAGUGCAUCCUGACGCCAAAGGGAUACAAGUGUGACUGCACACCAGGGUACAUCGGCGAGCACUGCGACGUGGAUUUCGACGACUGCCAGGACCACAAGUGUAAAAAUGGAGCCCAUUGCACGGACGCGGUGAAUGGCUAUACGUGCUCCUGCCCCGACGGUUACAGUGGCUUGUUCUGUGAGUUUUCCCCACCCAUGGUCCUCCCGCGGACCAGCCCCUGUGAUAAUUUUGACUGCCAGAACGGGGCCCAGUGCAUCAUCAGGAUGAAUGAGCCAAUAUGCCAGUGUCUGCCCGGCUACCAGGGGGAGAAGUGUGAAAAGCUGGUUAGUGUGAACUUUGUAAACAAAGAGUCGUAUCUUCAAAUCCCUUCGGCCAAGGUUCGGCCCCAAACGAACAUCACGCUUCAGAUUGCUACAGAUGAAGACAGUGGGAUCCUCCUGUAUAAGGGGGACAAAGACCACAUCGCGGUGGAACUCUACCGGGGGCGUGUCCGUGCCAGCUACGACACCGGCUCUCACCCGGCUUCUGCCAUUUACAGUGUGGAGACGAUCAACGAUGGAAACUUUCACAUUGUAGAACUACUCGCCCUGGAUCAGAGCCUCUCCCUCUCCGUGGAUGGAGGGAGCCCCAAAAUCAUCACCAACUUAUCAAAGCAGUCCACUCUGAGUUUUGACUCCCCACUCUACGUAGGAGGAAUGCCCGGGAAGAACAACGUGGCAGCAGCCCUGCGCCAGGCCCCUGGGCAGAACGGCACCAGCUUCCACGGCUGCAUCCGCAACCUCUACAUCAACAGCGAGCUGCAGGACUUCCGCAAGGUGCCCAUGCAAACCGGCAUCCUACCGGGCUGCGAGCCGUGCCACAAGAAGGUGUGCGCCCAUGGCACGUGCCAGGCCGGCAGCCCCUCGGGCUUCACCUGCGAGUGCGAGGAAGGGUGGACGGGGCCCCUCUGUGACCAGAGGACCAAUGACCCCUGUCUUGGAAAUAAAUGCGUGCACGGCACCUGCCUGCCCAUCAACGCUUUCUCCUACAGCUGUAAGUGCCUGGAGGGCCACGGGGGCGUCCUCUGUGAUGAAGAGGAGGAUCUGCUGAACCCCUGCCAGGCCAUCAAGUGCAAGCACGGGAAAUGCAGGCUCUCGGGCCUGGGGCAGCCCUACUGCGAAUGCAGCAGUGGGUACACCGGGGACAGCUGUGACAGAGAAGUCUCCUGUCAAGGGGAGCGGAUCAGAGAUUACUACCAAAAGCAGCAGGGCUACGCCGCCUGCCAGACGACCAAGAAGGUCUCCCGCCUGGAGUGCAGAGGCGGGUGCGCGGGCGGCCAGUGCUGCGCGCCCCUGCGGAGCAAGCGGCGGAAAUACUCUUUCGAGUGCACGGACGGCUCCUCCUUCGUGGACGAGGUGGAGAAGGUGGUCAAGUGCGGCUGCGCCCGCUGCGCCUCCUAACCGCCCGCCCCGCGGCGCCCGUCUUGGGGAGCUGCGGUCUCCUCCCUGACCGCGUGGGGACUCAUGAAUGCUUCAUAGUGGAAAUAUUUGAAAUAUAUUGUAAAUUACAGAACAGACUUAUUUUUAUUAUGAGAAUAAAGACUUUUUUUCUGCAUUUGGAAAAAAAAUAGAAAUGCUUGAACUACAGCUUCCCCGACGCUGGAGAAGUGUGAAGGCCGGUAACCCCGGACACGGGAGGACCGCGAUGGGAACCGCAGCGGCCUGGGUCUGCCGCCCGGAACGCGCCGAAGACCCGCAGAAGCACAGAUGCGUGGGAGGGAGGCCCGAGCUGCUGCGCGCCACUGCCGUGAACUUGCCCUGGUCCACGGCUCUGCGCUCACGAGGUCACACGCCAAGCACAUGCGAGUGAGGCAGGAGGCUAGGCGGAGGAGUGGGACCCGGCAUUCCCAGAGAGAACAAACGGAUGAGAAAUAUUUUGUGCAAAACAUAGAGCGUCCCGAAAACCACCUGGGCUCCGUUCCUGCGAGAAGACGGGAAGGCUAAAAUUGUAUCUUCUUUUUUAAAUGUCAGCAUGUUAGCAGAAGAAGCACACAAAAGUGUUUAUCUACCGUUUUCCAGUAUUAAUUUUUUUGUAAUAUAAAUGAUAAAAGAGAUGAUAAAGAACCAAUAGAUUAUUGAUAAAUAAAUUAGUAAUAAUAUGAAUUUUUGUUUCUAUGAGUUCUAAACAGCCCUAUACAGUAUUCAGUUUCCAUGAGAAAUAUUUAUUGUAUCAAAGUACAUUGUACUUAACAUUUUAGGCCAUCCUUUUUGCUGUUUCUCGAUGCUUUAAUAUAUAUUAAUUUAUAAUUGUCCUGAUAUUUUUGUACAUUUUUCAAAUCUAAAAAUCAGGAUUUUUUUUGGCAAUAGAACUAACAUAGGGUGUUAUCUUGGGAUAAAUGCGUGUUGGUCUGCUUGUUUACUUCGACAUCUGACCCCUGGUGUCACUGACCUACUGGCCUCGCUGGGGACACCUGCAGCCAGGGCGCAAGUCCUUGCGUGAGACCGUCCUGUACAGAAAGGAGUGGCCCCUGUCCUCACCGAACACACAGGGUGUGUAGCAGUCGACACUAGAAAGUAGAUCUUUUACACGUUAUUAAUGCCCCCUUGACCUUUUUUGGCCCUUUGGGGAGGGUGGGGAGGGUGCUGAGAGAAAAGGCUGUAAUGUCAAGAACUGUGAUUUUUUUUCCCAACCAAUAAAGCUCCUUUGUUACCUUAAUGUCCCCACGUUAACAUGUUUGCUGCUAAAUUACAAUGUAGAAUUGAUAAUGAUUUAUAGUGGACUGUGCUCUUCCCUCCUUAAAAUCCCAGGGUAUCCUGUAAAGGCAGAUGUUUCUUUCCAAAAACGUUUUUUACAGAGAAAAUUAGAUGUACAUGUAUAAUUCGAUGUGCUUUGUCUUUCUCCAGACUAAUAUCAGUUAUACUACUGAUGUUUGUAAAUUAAACAGAUAUUUACUGCA